CUGUGACCGAAGAAGGUGUUGUUCGUUGGGUUUACCGGCUCGGAAGGACGAUAGUGCGUGUGUUCGUGAGUAAGUGCAGCGAGUCCGGCUGGUUAACCGAGAGCCCGUUCCGGUGGGCAUAUGUGAUCAGCUAGACAUGGCGGAAGAAAAAAAGAAAAAAGAUGAAAAAGAGGAAGACCCCUGCUCGGCGUACGUCGGCCGAUACGUUAUCAAAACAAUGCGCCUGAAGGACGAAAAGUGGCACAAGCUAACCGGCAACGAGGAGCUUCGAACGAUCGUGAUGGACUGGGUGCUACAGCCUGCGGUGAUGAAGCUGUUCGUUGCGCUCAACAACGCGGGCGCUCUUAUCCCGAGCUACCAUUUUCCCUCCACGGUCAAAGGCAAAAUCUGCUACUUCGUCAAGAUCGCCGAGAUGGCUUUAGAAAUCGGUAAAAUUCGUGAGCAAAUAAUAUAUGGAGAUCUAACGCCGAAUCCAAUCGACGAUUUAUCCAUCCUGGUCGAUGAAAUAUUUUACCCCAUGAUAAACAAUCCACAAAAUCAAGAAGGUUGGCCUACGGCUAUUGUUAAGGAUAUCGAUAAUCAUGUUCAAGAGUUACGAAACAUCAUCUCAGAGGUGAAAGGCAACAUCAUAAAUCAAACGCUUCUCCCCAUGCCCAUCGCCAUCGAUAACAUUAUGCAGGUUGGCGAGGAGGUUCUCCAGGGCAACAUCGAUGCAUGCAGCUUGAAAAUGAAAAACUCCCUCGAGGGCAUUGUAAUUAAAUGGGCGUGCCAGAUUAACGACGUACUGAAGGAAGACUCCUCGCAGGCGUUCAAGGACGGCAGGCAUCCGACUCCGGUGGAGGAAAUUAACUUUUGGGAAUCGCGCCAGAAAAACCUGCGCAACAUUUAUUCCCAGCUAACCGAGCCGAAAGCACGCCAAAUUGGAGUUAUCCUCGAGGGUAUUGAUUCGGUGUACUCGUCAUCGUUCAAGUCGACGUUCAAGAGUGUGGUUCAAGCGGUUCAUGAAGCGGAUGACAUUUCUCUCUAUCUGAAGCCACUGCGUAAAACUUUUGAAACAUUCGAAAGCACCGACUUUACAGAUUCUUCCGACAUGAUUUCUCCUAUGCUUCAUCUGGUUUGCUUGGUGUGGGCCAAUUCGUGCUACUACGGCAUAAACGCGAGGAUGGUAAUCCUUUUCAAAAUGAUCAGCAACAUGAUGAUUUCCGAGUCGAGCAAAUCGCUCGAUCCUGGUUCGCUGUUUCAAGGAGAGGUCGACGAAUCGCUAAUCAAAAUCACCCAAAUUAUUGAAGCAUUGGAGUUUUACAAAUCAGAAUUUCAUGAUUUUCGGGGUAGGCUCAGUGAGUUUGAGAAACCCAAUACUCAGCCAAUUUACUGGACAUUUCGGCCUCGAGACAUAUUUAAUCGCCUCGAUAUUUACAUCAUACGUCUGACCGAAGUCAAGGACAUUUUCAACACGGCAAACGAGUUCAAAAAGCUUGAAAAGGUAGAAAUAGGUGGUUUGCGUGGCCGUGCGAUUAGCCGCAAAAUUCAAGAAAUUUACGACGAUUACAACAAACUCUACCAGCGUUGGAGUACGAUCCAGUACGAUCCCCUGGAUCCCGAUCCCCGUGAAAAAGGCUUCCAAAAGGAUCGGCAAAGAUAUUUGGAAAAAGCGAGCAUUCUUGAACGGCGAUUGGCGGCUCAAUUCGUCUUGGCUUUUGAAGAGUGCUCCAACGUUGAACAGUUGAUGAAGCUUGUGCAGGUGUUGGGAAGCUUGCUCAACAGACCACUCAUUCAACCGGAUAUGGCAAACAAUAUUUCAUGUAUUGUGCAGCUGUUCGAUUCGGAUCUGAAUGCGAUAGAGACCAUAUUUGAAAAUGGCUACGAAGAGUUCAAACAGAAAGGAUUGAAAGGCAUUCCAAUCGACACUGGCUUUCCUCCUGUAGCUGGAGCGAUAGCUUGGGUCCAUAAGCUGCAAGAUCGCAUCAAGAAACCAUUGGUUGAACUCGCCAUGAUAGAAUUACCAAUAUUCAAAAACGAAACCGGUCAGCGAGCCUUACAGCGAGCGGAUCAGCUUAAGGAGCAGCUUGAGGAGUUUGAGCAGCAACUUUUUUCUACAUGGGUCGCAGAUGUCACCAAACAGAUCGAAAACUUUAUGGGAAAAUCGUUGCUUAGCAGAACAGAACCUCGAUUACUGGAGAUGAAUUUCAAUCAGGUUCUACAAACUAUCAUGGCGGAGGUUCGCUAUCUGAAGUGCAUGAAAGCUGCCAAUAUACCGGAGAAAGCCCAGCAAUACUACGCGUCCGGAGAAGCUCUUUGGGCGGCAAGAAUGAAAUUAUCUCGUAUCGUAGAAUGGUACAAUGAAAUUUGCAAAACGUGCGCUCCGUGCGAGUUCGAGCUAAUUCAAAAAGAAAUUGACGAAAUUGAUAAAAUACUCGAGGAAGCAUAUUCGGGUCGGAUCAACUGGAACAACUUUAACCAGGGUUUCAUCGAUGGUUUGUACGACAAACUCUACAACCUAUAUUCUCGCGUGCUGAAGGCUAAGAGUAACAUAAAGAAGGUUCAAAACAGCAUACAGAGCUGGGGUCUCAAACCAUUGUACGAACGGCUGAAUGGAGAUAACAGCGCUCUAAUCAACAUUGAUAACCGCUCAAUGAUAGUUCAGCGUCGCCUCGAAGCUUGCUUAGAUACGAAGAAGCUUAUUGAUAAGGUCAUGGAUGAAAACUUUAAACUGUAUUUCGAUUAUUUGGUCGCACUUUCCGAAGAGAAAAUGUCCUCAACCAGUGCUACCGGGUCUCAGCGAAGAAGCAGCAUGAUUCCACUAGCAUCCGAGCAGGUUGUCGAACAAGAUGAGCAGCGGCUUGCUGCAGUUGAGACACAUGAACUGGAUGAAGAACAAUCCGGAGACGAUACGUUAGAUGAUGUGCCUUCCCUGGAGCAAUCCGAAUUGGGUAAAACUCUGUCACAAUUGGCACUGUUCCGUCCUUAUGAGGAGUACGUGGAUUCGAUAUUGUCAAAAGAAAUUAUGGACGCAGUGCAUGUGAGCGUCAAGUACAUCAAGUUUGAAAUGGAAAAUCGCUUGAGUCACAACACUCCCAUAUUCGAAAUCAAAUAUGAGCUUCAUCCACCGAGCACUCGCUUCUGUCCCUCUCUGGAUCCGUAUGAUCCGGAGGGUUUCUUUGCUCUCGUCGAAAGCAUGAUCACUGAUAUCUAUUGCAUGUCUGACAUGAUACCACGUGUGGCUCAACCACCCGAAAACGAACGAGUUGACGAUGAAGGAAACGUUUAUCUCGAAACGUAUAUUACUCAUCUCGGAAAUAAUGACGCUAUCGAACGUAUGAAACAUUCGAUAAUGCUGCUGGUCAUUCAAUCGACGAGGGAUGCAGAAAAAUACGUCAAACAGUUCGAUAACUAUAAUUAUCUCUGGCUGGACGACAAGCACAGUGUUUUGGCACAGUUUCUCAAAUAUGGACGACCUCUGACACAAGAUGAGAUGGAAAUGCUACUAUCAACGGAAACACCACUAAAAGAAGUGGCUCCUACGCUAGAGCAAUUUAAGGCCCAGAUAGACAGCUACAUCGAUCUUUUUGACGAGGUAUUCCAAACGGAAGUGUCUCAUGUGUUCGAUACCUGGCUGCUGGUAGAUUUUCGUCAUUUCAAGCACAAGCUACUACACGAGAUAGGCAAAUGGUCUAACAUCUACAAGCAAACGCUAAUCGAUAGGGUUGUGAUAAGCUUGCAAGAGCUUGAAGAAUUUAGCAUCGAGUGUGAUGAAGUUCUCAGUCUUGAAGCAGCCGAAGAAGAUUUUCCGACACUGCUUAAAAUAUUGUCCGUUCUGAACAAAAUCAAGGAAAGGGAAGUCGCCACCGACAACAUGUUUGAGCCUUUGAAAGCGACGGUAGAUUUACUAAAAACUUACAACGUCGAGUUUAACGAAACCGUGUAUAAGCAGUUCACGGAACUGCCCGAACGAUGGAUGCAUAUGAAGAAGACGGCCCAGAAAGUGCGAGAAAAGAUUGCCCCGGCCCAGGCAUACCAAGUGGAUUUGAUCCGGAAGCGCAUCAGUUUGUUCGACAUCCGCAUGAAACUGUACCGGGAUGGGUUCAAGAAGUUGCCCUGUUUCAAAGUGCCAUGCAAGAACGUUUACGAAAUAUGCGAUCAGGUCAAUCUGGAACUGAACAUCAUGGAGACGCAGUUGAAAAAUCUAACCGACUCUGCUGGCCUUUUCGAGCUGAACCCACCAGAUGACACGAAGCUACGGCUCUGCAGGAAAGAGGUGAAAAUGUUGAAGCAAAUUUGGGACUUUGUGUACACCGUAGAGUCGUGCGUGAACGAUUGGAAGAAAACAUCCUGGAAGAAGAUCGAUGUAGAAGCCAUGGAUGUCGAAUGCAAAAACUACGGCAAACAAAUCCGCCAGCUGGACAAGGAUAUGCGCAAUUGGGCUCCCUAUUUGCACCUGGAGGCGAUUCUUAAAAACCUUAUGACUUCGCUGCGUGCCAUCACCGAGCUGCAGAAUCCAGCCAUCCGGGAGCGCCAUUGGUUCGAGCUAAUGCAGGCUACAAAGCUGAUUCAAACAUACGGAAAAGAAAUGCUGGUGCGAUUCCAAAUGGUUGACUCCACUACGUUGGCCGAUUUACUCGAGCUCAACCUUCACAACUACGAGGAAGAAGUUAAGGGAAUUGUGGAUAAAUCGGUGAAAGAGAUGGGUAUGGAGAAGAUGCUGAACGAUCUGCAAAUCGCGUGGAAAGACCUUCAGUUCGAUUUCGAGCCGCACGAGCGCACCAAUUUGAAGUUGUUGAAAAUAUCAGAAGAAGUCAUGGAAAUGCUGGAAGAAAACCAGGUUCAACUACAGAAUCUGCUCUCCUCAAAAUAUGUCGCGUACUUUUUGGAGCAAGUGUCCAGCUGGCAGUUAUCGCUCUCGAAUGCAGAUUGCGUGAUAACUGCCUGGUUCGAGGUGCAGCGUAAAUGGAUGUAUCUCGAGAGUAUUUUCAUCGGCUCGGAAGACAUCCGCAAUCAACUGCCAGAAGAUUCGAAACGCUUCGACAACAUCGACAAGGAAUUCAAAUUGCUUCUCGCCGCGGUUAUUGCUAAUCCCAACAUCGUUAAAGCCACCAACCGGCCGGGAUUGUUCGAAAAGCUAGAGGGUCUCCUCGAGCAGCUCAUUCUCUGCGAGAAAGCUCUCAACGAUUAUCUGGAAACGAAGCGUUUGGCCUACCCUCGGUUCUACUUUGUCUCGUCCGCCGAUCUGCUGGACAUUCUUUCGAAUGGAAACCAGCCUGAACUAGUCGCGAAGCAUCUCACCAAGCUGUACGACUCGAUAGCAAAGCUACGCUUCGACACGGGCUCAACCAAAACCGCAAUAGGCAUGAUUUCAAAGGAAAACGAGGAGUUCGUUCAGUUCAAAGAUCCGUGCGACUGCGACGGAAAAGUUGAAAUUUGGCUCAACCGUGUCACCGAUUCGAUGCGGGUAACGCUGCGAGACCUCUUCGAAUGCUCAGUGAUGGCGUACGAGGAAAAACCGCGCGAUUCAUGGAUAUUCGAUUGGCCUGCCCAGCCCGCACUGUGCGCUACCCAAAUCUGGUGGACAACCGAGGUGAAUGUAGCGUUCGCAAAGCUGGAAGAAGGCUACGAAAACGCACUCAAAGACUACCAGAAGAAGCAAAUCCUGCAGCUGAACGCGCUUAUCGUGCUGCUGUGCGGCGAACUCAGCCAGGGUGAUCGGCAAAAGAUCAUGACGAUCUGCACGAUCGACGUGCAUUCGCGCGAUGUGGUAGCCAAAAUGAUUCAGCAAAAGGUCGAAACGGGUCAGGCGUUUCAGUGGCAAAGCCAGCUGCGGCAUCGGUGGGAUGACAAGCUGGGCGACUGUUUCGCUAACAUCUGCGAUGCACAGUUUCGCUACGAUUAUGAGUAUCUGGGCAACACACCUCGUUUGGUAAUUACGCCGCUAACCGAUCGAUGCUACAUCACGUUGACACAGUCACUGCAUUUAAUCAUGGGAGGCGCACCGGCAGGACCAGCCGGUACGGGGAAAACCGAAACAACCAAGGAUCUCGGCCGUGCGCUGGGAAUCAUGGUGUACGUGUUCAACUGCUCCGAGCAGAUGGACUACAAAUCGUGUGGCAACAUCUACAAGGGCUUAUCGCAAACCGGCGCCUGGGGAUGUUUCGACGAGUUCAACCGCAUCUCCGUUGAGGUGCUAUCUGUCGUUGCCGUGCAGGUCAAAUCGAUACAGGAUGCCAUCAAGGGUGGGAAAAAGUAUGCAACCCUUAGCGAUAGCAAGGGCAAGAAAACCAUAUUUAAUUUUAUGGGUGAGACCAUCUCGCUCGUGCCCACCGUGGGAAUUUUCAUCACCAUGAACCCCGGAUACGCGGGCCGCACGGAGCUGCCGGAGAACCUGAAAGCUCUGUUUCGUCCGUGCGCCAUGGUCGUGCCCGAUUUUGAGCUCAUUUGCGAAAUCAUGCUCGUCGCCGAGGGCUUCCAGGAAGCUCGCCUGUUGGCACGUAAGUUCAUUACGCUGUACACCCUGUGCAAGGAGUUGCUUUCGAAGCAGGAUCACUACGAUUGGGGUCUGCGUGCCAUCAAAUCGGUGCUGGUCGUCGCUGGCUCGUUGAAGCGAAGCGAUCGAGACCGUCCCGAGGACCAAGUUUUGAUGCGAGCAUUACGAGACUUUAACAUACCCAAAAUUGUGACCGAUGAUGUGCCCGUCUUCAUGGGCUUGAUAGGCGACUUGUUUCCUGCGCUGGAUGUGCCGCGAAAGCGCUCGCCGGAUUUCGAAAAGCUGAUUCGCCGCUCGACGCAAGAGAUGAAGCUGCAGCCCGAGGAUAACUUCAUCCUGAAGGUGGUCCAGCUGGAGGAGCUGUUCGCGGUGCGACACUCGGUGUUCAUAGUCGGCAAUGCGGGCACGGGCAAAACGCAGGUUUGGAAGGCACUCUUCAAGACGUACCAAAACCAAAAACGAAAGCCUCACUUUAACGAUCUCAACCCGAAAGCGGUAACCAACGAUGAGCUGUUCGGUAUCAUCAAUCCAGCCACGCGCGAGUGGAAGGACGGCCUGUUCUCGGUUAUCAUGCGUGAUCAGGCAAACAUGCCCGGUACGGGACCGAAAUGGAUCGUGCUGGACGGUGACAUCGAUCCCAUGUGGAUCGAAAGCCUCAACACGGUGAUGGACGACAACAAAGUGCUCACACUGGCCAGUAACGAGCGGAUCGCGCUCACCAAAGAGAUGCGGUUGUUGUUCGAAAUUUCCAACCUUCGCACGGCAACUCCCGCGACGGUAUCACGAGCCGGCAUUCUCUACAUAAACCCGCAGGAUUUGGGCUGGAACCCGUUCGUGGCAUCGUGGAUCGAUUCGCGUGAGACACAGGCCGAGAAAGGAAUCCUAUCGGUGCUGUUCGAUAAGUACAUUCCACCGCUCAUGGAUGCGCACAAGCGCUUCAAAAAGAUUACCCCAAUAUCGGAAAUCGCCAUGAUCCAAAUGACCUGUCAUCUGCUCGAUUGUUUGUUGACACCGGCAAACUUGCCACCCGAGUGUCCGAAGGAGUGGUACGAAAUCUAUUACGUGUUUGCCGUGAUUUGGGGCUUCGGAUCGUCGCUAUACCAGGACCAGCUGGUUGACUGGCGCACCGAGUUCCAUAAGUGGUGGAUCAAUGAGUUUAAAGCGAUCCGGUUCCCACCGGGAGGCACCAUAUUCAGCUACUACAUUGAUCCCGAGACGAAAAAGUUUAACCCCUGGACCGAUCUGGUGCCGUCAUUUGAGCUCGACACGGACAUACCGUUGCAAUCGAUGCUCGUUCCAACGACCGAAACCACGCGACUUCGGUGGUUUAUGGACAUUCUCAUCGAGGAUAAGCACCCGGUCAUGUUGGUCGGUGGUGCCGGCUCGGGUAAAAGUGUCAUCGUGGCCGAUAAGCUGAGCAGCCUUUCGUACAAGUACGCCGUCACCAAUGUGCCGUUUAACUUCUACACCACAUCCGAGAUGUUGCAGCGGGUGCUCGAGAAACCACUGGAAAAGAAAGCCGGUCGUAACUACGGUCCACCGGGUAACAAAACCAUGGUUUACUUCGUGGACGACAUGAACAUGCCGGAGGUCGACGCGUACGGUACGGUGCAACCUCACACGCUCAUUCGCCAGUUUAUGGACUACCGGCAUUGGUAUGAUCGGGCGAAGCUUUCGCUGAAGGACAUCCACAACUGUCAGUUUGUGUCGUGCAUGAACCCAACGGCCGGUUCGUUCACCAUCGAUCCGAGACUGCAGCGCCAUUUCUGCGUUUUUGCAGUCAGCUUUCCCAGUGGUGACCCGCUGUAUCACAUUUACUACUCGGUGCUGUCGCAGCACUUGUCUAACUCGCUGAACAAGUUCACGUUGGCUACGCAGAAGAUCUGCGCUGCGCUCGUAACUUGUGCGCUCAAUUUGCACACUAAAAUGGGCCAGAUGUUCCUGCCGACGGCGAUCAAGUUUCACUACGUGUUCAAUAUGCGUGAUCUUGCAAACAUCUUCCAGGGGAUGCUGUUCGGGAAUGGCGAAACUUGUCCGGAACCGAACCAGCUGAUCCGGCUCUGGGCACACGAAGCGACCCGUGUGUACGGAGAUAAGCUGGUGGAAGAGCGCGAUAUCGACAACUUCAACAAACUGAUUGUGGACGUCGUGAAGAAGUCUUUCGAGGAGAUGGACGAAACGAAGGUGUUCUCGAAGCCCAUCAUUUACUCGCACUUUGCUGAGGGUCUUACCGAUCCGAAGUAUAUGCCGGUGACCAGUUGGGAGUCGUUGAACAAAAUUCUCGACGAAGCUCAGGGCAACUAUAACGACAUGAUUGGAGCCAUGAACCUGGUGUUGUUCGAGGACGCCAUGAGCCACAUCUGCCGGAUCAGCCGUAUUUUGGAAGGUCCACGAGGUAACGCGUUGCUGAUCGGUGUUGGCGGGUCAGGCAAGCAGUCGCUGUCGCGAUUGGCUGCCUUUAUUUCGGGUCUAGAGGUGUUCCAGAUACAGCUGCGCAAGGGCUACAGCAUUGUGGACCUGAAGACGGAUUUGGCGGUGUUGUACAUGAAGGCGGGUGUUAAAAAUGUACCGUGUAUGUUCCUCAUGACGGACGCUCAGGUCGCCGAGGAGUCGUUUUUGGUGCUCAUCAACGAUCUGCUAGCAUCGGGCGAGAUUCCUGAGCUCUUUCCCGAGGACGAAAUUGACAACAACAUCAUCAACGCGCUGCGAAAUGAGGUGAAGCAGCUGGGCAUAAUGGAUUCGAAGGAGAACUGCUGGAAGUACUUUAUCGAGAAAGUGCGCAAAUCGCUCAAACUGGUGCUAUGCUUUUCGCCGGUUGGAUCGACGUUGCGCGUACGAGCUCGCAAGUUUCCCGCAAUCGUUAAUUGUACCGCGAUUAAUUGGUUCCACGAGUGGCCGAAAAAUGCUCUCGAGUCCGUUUCGACCCGGUUCUUGUCGGACAUUGAAGUGCUACCGCCUGAACUGGUUGAACCGAUCGCAGUGUUCAUGUCCUACGUGCACGGAACGGUGAACGAGAUGUCGCAGACGUAUCUGCAAAACGAGCGUCGCUACAACUACACCACACCGAAGUCAUUCCUGGAGCUGAUUUCGCUGUACGCCAAGCUGCUCACGGACAAGACGCUGGAGUUGCACGAUCGCAUCCACCGACUGGAGAGCGGCAUCCUCAAGCUGGCGGAAUGCGCCAAGCAGGUCGACUCACUGCAACUGCAGCUAGCUGACCAGGAGAUCGUGCUGAAGGUGAAAAACGAAGAAGCGGACAAACUGAUCAAGGUCGUGGGUGCUGAGAACGAGAAGGUGCAGAAAGAAAAGAACAUUGCCGCCGAGGAGGAACUGAAGGUGCGCGUGAUCGAGGAAGAUGUCGGCGCAAAGGCGAAGGUCUGCGAAGAGGAUCUACGCAAAGCGGAGCCCGCGCUGUUAGCCGCACAAGCCGCUCUGGACACGCUGGACAAGACUAACCUCACGGAGUUGAAAUCGUUCGGUUCACCACCGGAUGCCGUCGUGAAUGUUUGCGCGGCCGUACUGGUGCUUUUCUCGCCGAAGGGCAAAAUACCAAAGGACCGCAGCUGGAAGUCGUGCAAGUUGAUCAUGAACAAGGUGGAUGUGUUUCUGAACGAUCUUCUCUACUACGACAAGGAGCACAUCCACCCUGACGUGAUCAAAGCGCUGCAGCUGUACCUGCGUGAUCCAGAGUUUGAUCCGGACAAGAUUCGCGCAAAAUCGAUCGCCGCCGCUGGUCUGAGCGCGUGGGUCAUCAACAUACACAGGUUCUACGAGGUGUACCAGGUGGUUGAACCGAAGCAGCGAGCUCUUAACGAGGCGCAAUCUGAGCUGAAAGGUGCGCAAGAUAAGCUCAUGGAGCUGACCUCGAAGAUUACGGAGCUGGAGGACAAGCUGGGCGUGAUCGAGGCGGCGUUCAACAACGCGCUGGCCGAGAAGCAGAAGUGUCAGGACGAGGCUGACAAGACGGCCUUUACCAUCGAUCUGGCGCAUCGUUUGGUGAACGGACUGGCAUCGGAGAAUGUGCGCUGGCGAGAAUCGAUAGCCAUGCUGAAGAGUCAAACGGUGACUCUGCCCGGCGAUGUGCUAUUGGUUGCUUGCUUCAUCAGCUAUGUCGGUUGCUUCACCAGGCGAUAUCGCGUUGAGUUGCAGGAAAAACUGUGGAUUCCCACGUUCCGCAUGUCGCGACCGAUGAUUCCCUUCACGGAAGGUGUCGAUCCGCUCAGUUUGAUCUGCGACGAUGCCAUGAUCGCGUCCUGGAACAAUGAAGGCUUGCCGUCGGAUCGGAUGUCGGCGGAAAAUGCCACCAUUUUGACGUACUCCUCGCGCUGGCCGCUCAUGAUUGAUCCUCAGCUACAAGGCAUCAAGUGGAUCAAGCAGAAGUACGGCGACGAACUAACGGUGUUGCGGCUGACCGUUCGAGGAUAUUUGGAUGUGAUUGAACGUUGUGUCGUGAAUGGGCAGAUCUUGCUGAUCGAGAACAUCGGAGAAACGGUCGAUGCCGUGCUGGAUCCUCUGCUGGGUCGUAUGCUCGUCAAAAAGGGCCGCUGCCUGCGAAUGGGUGAAAAGGAGAUCGAUUACAAUCCAAGCUUCCAGCUGAUCCUCCAGACUAAGCUGGCCAACCCGCACUACAAACCGGAGAUGCAGGCGCAAACGACUCUAAUCAAUUUCACCGUCACCCGGGACGGUCUCGAGGAGCAACUGCUUGCGGAGGUCGUGAAGGCAGAGCGACCGGAUCUAGAGAAGCAGAAGGCCGAUCUGACGACCGAACAGAACCGGUUCAAGAUCACGCUCAAGCUGCUGGAGGACGAUCUGUUGAGUCGGCUUUCAUCUGCUGGUGAGAACGUGCUGGAAGAUGCCUCACUGGUGUUGAACCUGGAGAAAACGAAGAAGACAGCCGCCGAAGUGGAGGUGAAAGUGCGCGAAAGUCGCAAGACGUCCGAGGCGAUCGACAUUGCGUUCGAGAGCUACCGCUCGGCAGCAGAGCGCGCCUCAAUCCUAUACUUCAUCCUGAACGACCUACACAAGAUCAACCCAAUCUAUCAGUUCUCGCUGAAGGCCUUCACGACCGUGUUCAAGGAUGCCAUCGCUGGAACACCACCAGCCGAUAAGCUGAAGGAACGGGUCGUAAACCUGAUCGAGUCGAUCACGUUCGCAGUUCACAUGUACACGACGCGCGGGCUCUUCGAGAAGGAUAAGCUGAUCUACAUGGCACAGAUGGCGAUUCAGAUCCUGCUGCACGCCAAGGAGAUCGACCCGACCGAGCUCGACUUCUUGCUGCGAUUCCCGUACACGCCCAACCUAACGUCACCGUUCGACUUCCUGUCCAACAGCGGGUGGGGCGGUAUCAAGGCACUCGCCAACAUGGACGAAUUCCGGGCCCUGGACAAAGACAUCGAGGGUUCAGCCAAACGGUGGCGCAAACUGGUCGAAUCGGAGUGUCCCGAGCGCGAGAAGAUGCCCGGUGAGUGGAAGAACAAGAACGCCCUGCAGAGGUUGUGCAUCAUGCGCUGCCUGCGACCAGAUCGGAUGACGUACGCGAUCAGGUUCUUCGUGGAGGAGAAGCUAGGCGCACGGUACGUCGAAGCGCGCACGGUGGAGUUCGCAAAGUCGUUCGAGGAGUCGAGUGCUUCCACGCCGGUGUUCUUCAUCCUGUCAGCGGGCGUUGACCCGCUGAAGGAUGUCGAGAAGCUGGGCAAGAAGAUGCGCUACUCCUCGGACUACGGUAACUUCUACAACGUGUCGCUUGGUCAGGGCCAGGAAGUGGUCGCUGAAGCCGCGAUGGACGUCGCCUGCAAGGAGGGCCACUGGGUGAUCCUGCAAAACAUCCACCUGGUGGCGAAGUGGCUACCGACGCUGGAGAAAAAGAUGGAAGCGACGCAAGAGGGUGCCCACGAGAGCUACCGGUUGUUCAUAAGCGGCGAACCUGCGCCCUCGGCCGAGUACCACAUUAUCCCGCAGGGCAUCCUGGAGUCGGCGAUUAAGAUCACGAACGAACCGCCAACGGGCAUGCUGGCGAACGUGCACAAAGCGCUGGACAACUUCAACCAGGAAACGCUCGAGAUGUGUGGUAAGGAGGCCGAGUUCAAGGCGAUCCUGUUCUCGCUCUGCUACUUCCACGCUGUGGUGGCUGAACGGCGCAAGUUCGGACCGCAGGGAUGGAACCGUUCCUAUCCGUUUAACGUCGGUGACCUGACGAUUAGCGUGUACGUGCUGUACAACUACCUCGAGGCGAACAACCGCGUGCCGUGGGAGGACCUGCGCUAUCUCUUCGGUGAGAUCAUGUACGGCGGGCACAUCACUGAUGACUGGGAUCGACGACUCUGCCGGACGUACCUCGAGGAGCUGAUGCAACCGGAGUUGGUCGAUGGUGAUCUGAACCUGUGCGCAGGCUUCCCAGCUCCACCCAACCUCGACUACAUCGGGUAUCACAACUACAUCGACGACAAUCUACCCUCGGAGUCACCGCACCUGUACGGGUUGCACCCGAACGCCGAGAUCGGUUUCCUGACGACCCUGUCUGAGCAGGCGUUCAAGACGAUCUUCGAGUUGCAGCCGCGCGAUUCGGGCGCCUCGAGUGGUGCGUCGAUCAGCCGCGAGGACGUGGUGAAGAACAUCAUCGACGAGUUCCUCGACAAGCUGCCGGAGGAGUUCAACAUGCUGGAAUUGAUGGCACGCGUCGAGGAUCGCACACCGUUCAUCAUCGUCGCAUUCCAGGAGUGCGAACGGAUGAACAUCUUGGUGCGCGAGCUGAAGCGCUCACUGCGCGAACUGCUGCUCGGGUUAAAGGGUGAGCUGACCAUCACACCCGACAUGGAGACGCUCGAGGGUGCGCUGUUCUUCGAUCAGGUACCCGAUAACUGGACCAAACGAGCGUACCCGUCGAUGUACGGUCUGCAGUCGUGGUUCGCGGAUCUGCAGAUCCGCAUCAAGGAGCUGGAGGCGUGGUCGAACGACUUCAAUCUGCCCUCGUCGGUGUGGUUGGCUGGGUUCUUCAAUCCACAGAGCUUUCUCACGGCCAUCAUGCAACAGACGGCCCGCAAGAACGAGUGGCCUCUGGACAAGAUGUGUCUGGCCUGUGACGUGACUAAGAAGUGGAAGGAGGACUUCAGUGCGCCACCACGAGAGGGCGCUUACGUGAAUGGGUUGUUCAUGGAGGGCGCCCGGUGGGACGUGAACGUCGGUUCGAUCGCGAAUUCGCUCAUGAAGGAGCUGUUCCCGCAGAUGCCCGUCAUCUACAUUAAGGCCAUCACGCAGGACAAGCAAGAGACGAAGAACAUUUACGAGUGUCCGGUGUAUAAGACGCGCACCCGUGGACCUACAUUUGUGUGGACGUUUAACUUGAAAACGAAGGAAAAAUCAGCAAAAUGGACGCUCGGUGGUGUGUGUCUGCUGUUGCAGGUUUAAACGCGCUCCAUCUCUAAA